UACUAAAAAUAAAACAGCGUGAGUAGUUGAGUUCGAGCGAGUCGUCAUUCAUUCAGGGCAGAGAGUCGAGCGCACAUUGAAUCGAUCAUCAUUUCUGCAGUAUGGCGGAAGACAAGGAUCCAGUGACCCGACUGAAGGAUCUGGCUCAGCUCAAAGACCAACUGGAGGAGAUCCAGAAGAAGGUGGAGAAUGAGGUUCAAGCUGGAAUCCCACAGGGUGGCUCAUUAUUAGAGUCUCCUUUCCUGAAAGGAUUCCUGGCUGGGUAUGUGGUUUCCAAAAUGCGUUCGUCUGCCAUCUUAGGAGUCGCUCUGGGAACGCUGACGGGAAUCUGCGCUGUUCAGAACUAUCAGGUGCCCAACAUUGAGGAGACCGUACGAGACUUCCUGAACUCUCUGAAGAAAGGACCCAGUGACUGAAUUCAGACUGAAGAGGAGAGCAUGUCAUUCAACGUCACAUCCCUCCUUCCCUCAUGAACAAAACUGUUGAUUUAGAAAAAAACUGUGUUUUGAGGUUUAUAUGUGAGUGUGGGUUUGGACUUUAUAAUGAAGACUGUUGAAAUGGGCAUCAUGUAGGGCUGCACGAUAUGGCGUAGUGCGAUUAUCAAAGCGCAAAGACUGUGAUUU